AGAAGAAGAACUAGAACUAGAACUGCUUGUUAGCACGUGGGUUAGCCAAGAAGUUUGGCAACAACUGUAACAAUAAAAAUAUGAUGCAGAGUUCGGAAAGUUUGGACGGUUUGCGUGCUGUUAAAGUCCGCCAGAAAGCAGCAAAGAAGAGGAGUAAGGAGGCGGAGGAGGAGCAGCAGGAGGAGAGCUUUGGCAGCAAACUGUCCAUUGAGGAUGAUGAUGAUCUGUCUGACAGUGAGGACAGCGUUUACUCUGGACUGGAGGACUCUGGGAGUGACACUGAUGAGGAGGAUGAGGAGGUAGAGGAAGCAGGAUCCUGCAGUGACAAUGAGGAGCUGAAGCAGAGCGUGGAAGGACAUGAGGUUGAGGAAGGACAGAAGGACGAGUACCAGCAUGACUCAUCAGACGAAGAGGACAUCAGGAACACUGUGGGGAACAUUCCCAUGGAGUGGUACAAAGAAUUUCCUCACAUUGGCUACAAUCUGGAUGGAAAAAAGAUCUUUAAGCCAAUCAGGAACAAGGAUGAGCUGGACCAGUUCCUGGACAAAAUGGAGAACCCUGAUUACUGGCGUACUGUCCACGAUAAGCAGACAGGAAGUGACAUCAUGCUGUCAGAUGAUCAAGUGGAAUUGGUAAAUCGUCUCCAGAGGGGACAGUUUGGAGACGUCAACUUCAGUGAAUACCAGCCUUCAGUGGACUUUUUCAGUAAGGACGUGAUGCUUCAUCCCGUCACCAACAGACCUGCAGACAAACGUAGCUUCAUCCCAUCACUUAUUGAGAAGGAGAAGGUCUCUAAACUGGUUCAUGCUAUAAAGAUGGGCUGGAUCAAACCUCGGCGAGUAGAAGAUGACAGCGCAAGCCGAUUUUAUGACCUCUGGGCUACUGAGGACUCAUCCAUCCUCGCAAGGCACAGAAUGCACCUUCCUGCCCCCAAAAUCCCACUUCCUGGUCACCAGGAGUCCUACAACCCCCCACCGGAGUAUCUGUUUAACGAGGAGGAGCGUGCAUUGUGGGAGCAGCAGGAUCCAGCAGACAGGAAGCUGCCAUUUGUUCCCAGGAAGUUCUCAAGCCUUCGUCAGGUUCCAGCUUUUCCUCGUUUUAUCCAUGAGCGUUUUGAGCGCUGCCUCGACCUCUACCUGUGUCCCCGCCAGCGGAAAAUGAGGGUCAAUGUGAAUCCAGAGGAUCUGAUACCAAAACUUCCCAAACCCAAAGACUUGCAGCCGUUUCCAACCACACAGUCUCUGGUGUAUCGGGGUCACAGUGGCCUGGUCCGAUCAAUCAGUGUCUCACCGUCAGGACAGUGGCUCGCUUCAGGCAGUGAUGACGGCUCGGUUAGAAUCUGGGAAGUUUGUUCAUCUCGCUGCCUGAAGACGGUACAGGUGGUCGGAGCUGUGAAAGACGUGUCAUGGAACCCGAACCUUGCUGUCUGUCUUCUGGCUGUUGCUCUAGACUCUGUUGUGUUGAUCUUGUCUCCGUCUCUGGGAGACAGACGGGUCAUCUUGGCAUCAGAGCAGCUCCUCUCAGCACAGCAGGAGGUGGAAGCAGAGGGGACAGAGCCUGUUACCUGGAGCGAUGCUGAAGGAGACGAGUUGAGUCAGUGGAUCCGCCUUAAAAUCCAGCAUCCCAAGGCUGUUCACCAGGUGGCAUGGCACGCUAAAGGGGACUACCUGGCGUCUGUGAUGCCAGAUAACUCCAGCCACCUCCAGGUGUUUAUCCACCAAAUGAGUAAGAGGCGGAGCCAAAACCCCUUCAGGAAGAACAAGGGGCUGGUUCAGUGUGUUUCCUUUCAUCCUGUCAGGCCGUACUUCUUUGUGGCAACUCAGCGCUCUGUGCGCGUCUACAAUCUGUUAAAGCAGGAACUGACCAAAAAACUGCAGGCCAACUCCAAGUGGAUCUCCAGCAUGGCCAUCCACCCUGGAGGUGAUCACGUGAUCUGUGGAAGUUACGACUGUCGGCUUGCCUGGUUUGAUCUCGACUUAUCUACAAAACCCUACAGAAUGUUACGCCACCAUAAGAAGGCGGUGAGGGGCGUGGCUUAUCACAGGGUCUACCCACUGUUUGCCUCAGCGUCUGACGAUGGCGCUGUCAUUGUCUGCCAUGGCACCAUUUACAGCGACCUGUUGCAGAACCCGCUGAUUGUCCCUGUGAAAGUUCUUAAGGGUCACGUGUUGACACAUGACCUGGGUGUGCUAGAUGUGACCUUUCACCCCACUCAGCCCUGGAUCUUCUCCUCUGGAGCCGACACAACUAUUCGCCUCUUCACUUAGCUCCUCCCAUUUAGGAUACAGGCAGAUAAACUGCUUUCAGUCCCUGCUGUGGCCUUCACAAUCAUCUGAACUAAAGACUGUUUGUUUUUAAAUUAAUCAAUGUGAUGCUGAUGAAUAAAAACAUGUUGCACACAACAGUAAAUCAGCUCUACAGAGUUCUUCAUGGAGGAGCUGCUGAGAACCAAAAAGUUUGACAUGUUUCUGUGUAUAUUGAGUUAUGUACUUGUGAUAACAUGAAUGGAUAUGAUGACUUGCAUCACUGGCACAUAACCCGCAAAUGCAAGGCGCUCCCUCACAGGGCCUUGACCCCACAAGAUGUGACGUGUUGCAGCAAGAUUACUUAUAGUGAGGUGAGGGACUCUGGCCAGGACCACAUACCUGGACAUGAUGUGCACCUGGCCAGUCUGCAGGACCCAAGUGCAAAGGCCAGACGGGACCCGAAUCUCCACAGCAAGAACAGGCUGGGACUGCCCACAGCAGGCAGCAUCCUCCAAUAAAACAUGUCUCUAAUAAAUCCAGAUUCAUUUUUAAGUCUCAUUGAGCUUGCAACACUUUUAAAUCUGAAAUACAACAAUGUCUAUUUAGUAAACUAAUUAUAAA